AUGAAACUUGAAUUAUAUAAUGAUAUAGUAACAACAAUUCGAAAAUUUCGAGGCUUAUCAAAAGAUUGUAGAGAUAUUUUAAAAGAAAAAUAUAAUGACAUUCCAGUAUAUACAUUGUAUAGUAUAUUAUCUUUAGAAGUACAACAUAAAAUGAAAGUCAAUCAUAGCAAAUUAUUUGGUAAUAAUAAAAAUUAUUAUGAUACUUAUAUGGAAGCUGUACAAAGUGGAGAACCUGUUGGAAUUUUAUUGAAAAUGGCGAAAGAUAUUGGUGCACCUCCUGCAUUGUUAGCUAGAAAUGUUCUUGAAAAACAUUGUGGAAAAGAUGAAUUUAAUGUCUCUAGGAACGAAGUUAGCAAAUUAUUUAAGGAUACUACUCUUAUACAAGACAAAGAUCUUGCAUAUGAAGUCUAUUUGUGCAUAUUAUAUGAUAAUUUGUAUGGACCUAUAUCAGAUGCUGUUGGAACUUCUGUAGGUCAAGAAUAUGAAUUAAAGUUACAAAACUACUUGACAGAACGAAAUCUCGCAUUUCGUAAUGAAGAACACUUGAGAUCAAGAGGAUAUGACAAAACUCCAGAUUUUAAACUUGAGGUACCAAUUGCAAUAAAUGGUUUUGUAAUUAACUGGAUAGAAUCUAAAGCAAGAUUUGGAAAUACAGAAAUACAUCAGAAGUAUAUUAAAGAACAAUUUCUGAGUUACUGGAAUAGAUUUGGACCAGGACUUGUAAUUUACUGGUUUGGAUUUUUGGAUAAUUUAAGUGAACCCAAUGAAAAAAGGUUUAUUAUUAUGGAUCAUUUUCCAGAAGAAAUUACAUAUAUGGAUCCUACUUGCAUUAAACCUACAACUUUAUAAUCAUAAAAGAUCAUGUUUUAUUUCAUAACAAUAUUCGUGUUAUAUACAAUAAAAAUUAUUAUCAUUAAUUUUAAAAUGAUAAAAUGAUUUAUUUUUAUUAUUUUUAAUCUUUUAAAAUU